ACGACGGUGUCGCCUCUGUACAAUAAAAGAGUAAGGUUAUGUGAUUAUUUGUCAAAUAACCUAGUCUUACCUUAGAUAACGUUAUUUGACACAUAAACGAAGAAUAAAGUAAAGUUACACUAUUUUGUCAAGUGUCCUGUAUAAUAUUUUGCACUAUGGCUCGUUAUUUUCGAGAAGAAGAUAUAGAUGAAUUUAGGGAAUGCUUUUAUCUAUUUGCAAGGAAUGGUCAAAUACGUACUCUAGAUGAACUUACAAUCAUUAUGAGAUCACUAGGAUUAAGUCCCACUAUCGCAGAAUUAAAUAAAUAUUUAAAGGAUAAAGGAGGGAGGAUGUCUUUUGCUGAUUUUUUGGAAGUCAUGCAUUUACAAACAAGAGCUGAGGAUCUGCCGAAGGAGGUGAUAGAUGCUUUUCAAGCUGCAGACAAAUUUAGGACUGGUACUAUACCUGCUAGACAAUUAGCACACAUGUUGCUUCAUUGGGGUGAGCAAUUAAGUAACAAAGAAGUGGAGCAAAUUUUUAGGGAAGCAAACGUAUCUCCAAAUGGGCAAGUCAAAUACGAAGACUUUGUAAAAAUAGCCUGUGCACCUGUACCUGAUUAUUAUUAAUAUCUUUUUAUUAAUAUCUUUAGUAUUGUUAUUAUUAUCAUUAUCACUAAUAUCUUUUACAUUCUUGAAAGAUCUCUUUUGAUAUUUGAACAUAUUCGAAUAUUUGAUAUUUAUGUAAUUUUGUUAUACAGUACAUUUUUUAAAUUAAUAAAAGAAUAUUAUCAUAAAA